AUGGCCAAAUGGUAUAACCAGUGGCGUAUCUACCCAGAAAAGGUGCUGGCCCACAAGCCUCUCAUAAUGCUGAUUGGCCAAACGGUCUACCAUAAAAGUUCCGCUAAUGUAGCUAAUGGCCAAACGAUCUACCAUAAAAGUUCCGCUAAUGUAGCUAAUGGCCAAACGAUCUACCGUGAAAGUUCCGCUAAUGUAGCUAAUGGCCAAACGAUCUACCAUAAAAGUUCCGCUAAUGUAGCUAAUGGCCAAACGGUCUACCAUAAAAGUUCCGCUAAUGUAGCUAAUGGCCAAACGAUCUACCGUGAAAGUUCCGCUAAUGUAGCUAAUGGCCAAACGAUCUACCAUAAAAGUUCCGCUAAUGUAGCUAAUGGCCAAACGGUCUACCAUAAAAGUUCCGCUAAUGUAGCUAAUGGCCAAACGAUCUACCAUAAAAGUUCCGCUAAUGUAGCUAAUGGCCAAACGGUCUACCAUAAAAGUUCCGCUAAUGUAGCUAGUGGCCAAACGAUCUACCAUAAAAGUUCCGCUAAUGUAGCUAAUUGCCAAACGGUCUACCGUGAAAGUUCCGCUAAUAAAGCUGAUGGUCUACCGUGA